CAUACUCAUCAGAACAUUUGGUGACUCUCAGUCAUGCCCUUUAAAAGUGCCUGUAAGCGUUUUAUUGUAGCCUGUUUAUUUAUAGUCAUUUUAUUUUGUGCAUGAAUUGCCAGAGACUUGUGGUGUUAUCUUCACAGGUGGAGGAACGUAAAAACCCUGCCAAAAAGAACAACAUUUGGAAAAUAAGUGGCGUUUCCAGCCAUUACAUUAUUUUUUUUAUUGUUAUAUAUAAAAAUAAUAUAUAUAUAAUCCAUCAUAUAUGUAUCACUUUCAUGCUUCAAAGAGACAGAGUUACUGUCAUUCUGGCUCAGAUUGCACCAACAUGAGGUUUAAAAUUUUAAAGGGACAUUUGACGUAUUUCAGAUGUGAUGUUUGUGCUGCACAGACUGUGAAAACAGUCCCAUGUUUCCCAGAAGAGCUUUCAGAGGUCUGAAAAAAUGACUUAGAUGAUGUAAUUGUGGCUGUCUUAAAGGGACAGCUCACCCCAUUAUUGCUUUUCCUCUUACCUGUAGAGCCGUUUAUCCGUUUACGUCUUUAUGUGGCUUGCAAAGUUCCAACCAUUUGCAGAGAUUUCUCUCAGAUAUAAAGAGACUAGGUUUCACUUGUGCCAGACAAAAAGAAAUCUUUGGAAAAACUAAACAGCAAUGCCUUCUUCCAUAAAUCAACACAGAUCUCGCGGUGAGCCGUUUCAUUCCUCAUUCACAAGUCUCCAGUUUUUCUUACCAGAUGACUAUAGGAGUUUCCUGAUUAAGCAUUUUGCUGCUACGAUUUCAACCAGACAGUCUUGUAAUUGCUGUUAAUCUUUGCUCCCCUCUGCUGCUGUCAGCUGUCAUUCCAGUUUGAAAUUGCCACAACCCUUCUGAACUCUGUCCACCUCCAGGCGUCACAUCCAGACCUCAGGUGGAGACAUGGCUCUGUUCACGUCACAUUAUCACAGAGCUCUCGUCGAGGUUGGUGCAUGCUGCUUCCUGCACAUAUGGUCGGUGUAGUUACAGUGUGUAUAUGGAGGACAGUUCGCGAAACGGCUCACGAGGUCUGUGAGCAUUUAAAGUCUGGUCAUUUCCAAGAGUGCGUCAUGACUUCGAGAGAAAGACAUUGCUGGUGAGUUUUUGGCAGUGUGUGUUUGAGGGAAGCCAGAAACCUCCUCGGCUGACAUCGCUAUAGAUGAGCAACUCAAACUGAAAGACCACGUAAAAAGAUGGACACUGGGUCCACACUUCCUGAAAUAAGCCAAAGCGAAGCCAAAAAUAAGUGGAUAAAUGCGAUGACAGAUUAAACAUUUGGAGCUACUGCCCAUACUUCUGCAAGACUCAAUUGUGGGCACACCCUCCAUGAGCUUUUGGCAUAACACUUUUGUUGUACUGCUAAAUAUUAUUUCAUUUGAAAAUUUCACUCACAAAAAAAAAAAAAAAAAAACGGUUUGUGCAGUUUACUGCAGAGCCACUCAUUUGGUCAGUUUAAAACAGUGCAUGCUACGCUAAGUUAGGAGUCUGUGAAGCCUGCAAGAAACUACCCCAACUACUAUUAUAUGUACAUUGAUAAAAAAAAAAAAAAGAAAAAGAAAAUGUGUGUGUGUGUGUGUGGUGGGGGGCUCAAGUCAGAUCCACUAUCCGGUUUAUGACCUAUACUGCAGUCAGCAGCCUGGGGGCGCUCCAUAUGGUUCUGGCUCUACACUUUUGAGGUGUCCAUCUUUACAUGCAGUCUAUGCUCCUACUGGAAAAAAAAAAAAAAAAAGAAAAAAAAAUGGGACAAAUUGCACCACAGGCCAUAAUAAGAAUAUGUAUGUAUAUGCCUUUAGGGUGCACUCUUCAUAUUUUAAAAGAAAGAGCCGGAAUGAAUUGUCUCUUUAGAAGUAAGAAUUUCAGAGUACGAUCCAAGUUCGCUUUAACUUUUAACGCUUUUAUUUUAGAGUAAACCUGAGAUCAAACAUCCUGUAAAACACAGCUUUUCGGCCUUGAACAUCCUGCGUGAGGGAUGUUGGCUGUCAGAUGACAAAAAGAAAGUCACUGUGUCGUCACUCACGACUCCUGACGCGCCAUCCUUUGUCCGGAUAGCCUUCUAACGUGAUAGUGUAAUGAUUUCUUUGUGACACUGAUGGAGCCUUGAGAACUUACCAUCACAGUCAAUCCGGCGAUGACUCAAAUCAGGAGCAAAGGACAGACGAGUGGCUAAGCAUUACCAUGCAAGUAAAGAAAAUAAUAAUAAUGAUAAUUUAAAAAAAAAAAAAAAGCAACAUCAUAUAUCGUGUUUUGUCUGCGCAAUCCUUUAGUAACACCUGCGCACACCCCCUGAACAUCAUCCAGUCCAGUGACUCCAGGGAGGCAGCAGCACAGUGAGAGUGGAGGAGGGAGGCGGUCUCUCGCAUUUACACCGCACCGGCACCGCUGCUUCAAGGCUACUGCCGGUGUCUCUCAUCUGGCACACAUACGCACACACACAGACACACACAGACACACACCGGGCUUUGCAUCAUGCAAGAGAGCUGAUGAUAAGGAACCUGUUACACGCCGCACAUGUGAUGGCAGGCGGCCGCGCAGAGUCCUCCACCUCCUCCUCCUCCUCCUCCACCUCCUCCUCCUCCGCAGAGUAGCGACUUUGCACCCCUGAGAGUCCCGCCGGCUUUGGUGGUCUUUAAUGAGGAUAUUGCGACAAUGGUGAAGAACAAGGCCGAAAACCGAACGCUUCAGUACCAGCAAACUUUGAUGUAUGGGCGGUACACCCAGGAGCUGGGUGUGUAUGCCAAAGAAGAGGCGGCCCGCCUGCGGGAUGGAGGGGUGCGGGACGGCGGCGGGCUGCGGAGGAACACCAGCGUUCGCAGCCGCGCCGCGGAUCUUCUGGAGUACGAGAAGGACCCCUGUGCAAAGUGCCAGCUGUGUGCAUCUCGCUGUCAGAAGUUCCUGCUCUCGCGGGUCGGGGAGGACUGGAUCUUCCUCAUCCUGCUCGGGCUUCUCAUGGCUCUGGUUAGCUGGGUCAUGGACUACGCCAUCGCCUUCUGCCAAGAAGCACAGAAGUGGAUGUACGGGGGACUGGACAGCAACAUGCUGCUGCAGUACAUCGCCUGGGUCACCUACCCUGUGGUCCUCAUCACCUUCUCAGCAGGAUUUACGCAGAUACUGGCGCCUCAGGCUGUGGGUUCGGGCAUCCCCGAGAUGAAGACGAUACUCAGGGGCGUGGUCCUGAAGGAGUAUCUGACUUUUAAGACCUUUGUGGCCAAAGUCAUCGGCCUGACCUGCGCCCUGGGCAGCGGCAUGCCUCUGGGAAAGGAGGGACCCUUCGUUCAUGUCGCCAGUCUUUGCGCUGCUCUCCUGAGCAAAUUCAUGGCCGCUCUGUUUGGUGGGAUUUACAUGGAAGAGCCCUUUGAGGGAAGCAAGAACGAGCUGAGGAACACGGAGAUGCUGUCGGCCGCCUGUGCAGUGGGUGUGGGCUGCUGCUUUGCCGCCCCUAUUGGAGGGGUGCUGUUCAGCAUUGAGGUCACGUCAACGUUUUUCGCGGUGAGAAACUACUGGAGGGGCUUCUUCGCCGCUACCUUCAGUGCCUUUAUAUUUAGAGUGCUAGCCGUCUGGAACCAGGAGGAAGAGACCAUCACGGCUCUCUUUAAGACCCGCUUCCGUCUGGACUUCCCGUUUGACCUUCAGGAGCUGCCGGCGUUCGCCAUUCUCGGGAUUGCCUGUGGUUUCGGUGGUGCUCUGUUUGUCUACCUGAACCGGCUGAUUGUGGAGUGCAUGAGGAAGCAGAAGACUAUAAACAAGUUCUUGCUGAGGAAUCCAUCUCUUCCUGUCAGGCGCCUGGUGUAUCCUGCACUCGUCACCCUGCUGGUCUCCACACUCACGUUCCCCCCAGGCUUCGGGCAGUUCAUGGCUGGACAGCUGACGCAGCACGAGUCACUAGUCGCACUGUUCGACAACCGCACGUGGUGCCGUCACGGUGUGGCGGAGGAGUUUGACUACAUCAGCCACCACCACGCCUGGAAACACCCCCAGGUCAACGUCUUCAUCACACUCAUCCUCUUCAUCAUUAUGAAGUUCUGGAUGUCCGCUGUGGCCACCACCAUGCCUGUCCCAUGUGGGGCCUUCAUGCCAGUUUUUCUAAUCGGUGCAGCGUUUGGCAGACUUGUUGGAGAGGUCAUGGCUACCAUGUUUCCCGAAGGCAUCCAUGCUGAUGGCAGCGUGUAUCCCAUCGUUCCCGGCGGAUAUGCUGUAGUUGGCGCUGCAGCUCUGUCUGGAGCAGUCACCCACACUGUAUCGACAGCGGUCAUAGUGUUCGAGCUGACCGGUCAGAUCUCCCACAUCUUGCCUGUGAUGAUCGCCGUGAUCCUGGCCAACGCCGUGGCCCAGGCGCUCCAGCCGUCGCUGUACGACUCCAUCAUUCGCAUCAAGAAGCUCCCGUAUUUGCCUGAACUGGGGAUGGGACACCACGAGAAAUAUAAUAUCCGUGUGGAGGACAUUAUGGUCAGGGAUGUGCGCUACAUUACCCUUAACUCUCCGUACCGGGAUUUGCAGGAGAUGCUGCUGACUGGUCAGCUCAAAACACUGGCUCUGGUGGAGUCCAGAGACUCCAUGAUCCUGCUGGGCUCCAUCGAGCGUCUGCAGCUCCAGUCCCUGCUCUCUCUCCAGCUGAGCCGCCAGCGCCGGCUGGAGUACCUCCGCCAGCUGGCCCAGGACAACGGCACCCAGGACCACCUGCCCAGCCUGACCACCGACAGCACCCCCAGCUCGCCCUGCGCCCACACCCACCUCAACGCCUCAACCAACGCCAGUGCUCGCCAAGGGGUUCGCUUCCUGGUGAGCACCCAAGAGAUCUCCACAGAGGAGUCCUCCUCCUUCAGCCCGGUGGUCUCCAACGUUCAGCUCCCCCUGAAAUCGGCCUUGAAAACCGUGUCAGCCGUUAGCGACACGGAGACGGCAAACAGUUCUCAGACGCUCUCCUGUGCCGACCAAGACAAGGAGCUGCUGGAGAGCCCGGCUGGGCCGGCUCCUCCUGAAAAAAGAAAGCCCAAGCCCAAACGAGUGAGGAUCUCCAUGGCGGACUCCACUGAAGUGGAAGAUUGCAUGACCCCGUCAGAGGUUGCGGAGUGGGAGGAGCAGCAGCUCGACGAACCGGUGGACUUCAAGAACUGCAAGAUUGAUCCAGCUCCUUUCCAGCUGGUGGAGCAAACAUCUCUGCAUAAGACUCACACCAUCUUCUCUCUGCUGGGUCUGGAUCACGCCUAUGUGACCAGCAUGGGGCGACUGGUUGGAGUGGUUUCUCUCAAAGAGCUGCGUAAGGCCAUCGAGGGCUCGGUGACGGUGACCGGAGUGAAAGUGCGCCCUCCGCUGGCCAGUUUCCGUGACAGCGGGAACACCACGAGCGUAUCCGAGGUAACAGAACUGCACAAGCUGUGCAUCCGCCACAGGGGGCUCUCGUUGCCGCGGGAACCCAAUCCUCCGGACGUGCAGGACCAGCCAGACCUCCCCUACAAAGAGAUCCCCGUCAACUUCUCGGACCAGACCAACCUGCAGUUUGAAACCAGCCCGGGCGACAUCACGAACGAGUCGUCCGAGCUGGUGCUCCAGGAGAGCCCCUCGUUCGCUGAGGACCAAUCAGAGUUUACUUUUGACUGCAGCCCCGCCCACACCGAGGAAUCGGAGCUGGCCUGUGACUAUGACCCCCCCACCCAAACUCCUGAGCCCGACGAAGCGGAGCAAGAUCAGGAGAGUCCUUCUCUGAGCAAGGACCAGUCAGAACCCGAGGGAGAGGGUAGCCCCGUCCACACCGCGAAUAAGUCAGAAUGAUCAGAUCCAUGAGUCUUCGCCUCAUGAAUGUAGACGUUCCUUGCAUUUGUAGAGGUCCCACUCACCUCCAAGUCCAGCCUAGACACCAGUGUUUCUAACCUUGUUGUGGUGGGAGUGAGUGUGUGAUUGUUAGCGGAUGACUUUUUAAAGGAUAAAGCUGGUUUUAUAUUAUACACAGAUCAGCCACAGCAGUGAAACCACUGACAGUAAUCAUAUCAUUACAAUGAAAGUGUCCUGGCUCCUGUGUCCAAAGUUUAUUCGGCUGGCCCCUAAACUGUCCAGAAUUUCGUCAGGCAUUAUUUUCUGUGCUGGAACGUGGAGACCCUUCCUGCUGCCAAUGUCCCAGGGCCAGACCUUAGGACACCCCCAAAAAGUCCCAUGUCAAUGCCUCAACGGGUCAGACCUGUUUUGGCGGCACAACAAGGACCUGCACAAUAUUGGCAGGUGGUUUUAAUGCGGCUGGUCUGUGUAUUCUUGCUAUUGUCCACAAAUCCCUUGAAAAGACCAAAUUCUGCAACGCCCUCUGUCCCGUCUGUGGCUGUGAGGAAAGUGAGGCGUACAAAGCUUUUGCUUGUUUCAAAAUGAAAAUAACUGGGAGGCGUAAAGUGUUAGAGUUGCAUUAUGGGUAAUACAGGUACCAGGUUUUAUUUUUUAUCAAGGAUCAACCACUGUGUAGCUCAGCGGAGUCUGAAAGUUCAAUCAUGGCCUCGGAAAUAUCAGAGAUUUUAACCAUAUCACGUAAUACUGGAUGAUAAAAAAAAAAAAAGAAAAAGAAAGAAAAAAGUGGUUGAAUGUGGUUAAAUUCUCCAUUUAACGUGGUUAAAGAGCAGCUCUCAUUUAGGGGAGAUUGUUUUGUAAGUGAAGCUUGAAUUUCCUAAGACAGCUGGACUCAAACAAGAGUAAUUAGCUCUUUUGUUUGGGACUAUUUUCAGCUGUGGAUUAAUACACACUUUGAUUCUUGUGACUAUUUACAGAACCAGCACUGUGUCGUUCGAGAUGUUGCUUUUAUAUUAUAAAAAAAUAAAAAAUAAAAAAAAAAUAAAAAAGAGG